AUGCAGAUUGAUUCUCUGCGUUCUAUUAUAUGGAAGCAGCAGCUGGAGCUGCAGCAGCUGCAGCUCGACAGUGCAGCAGCAGCAGCAGCAGCAGCAGACACAGACUUCUUCACCAGGCUGCAGCAGCAGCAGCAAAUACGACAGAUGCAGCAGCAGCGGAUGCAGCAGCAACAGCAGCAGCAGCAGCAGCAGCAGCAGCAGCAGCAGCAGCAGCAAGACGGAGACACGGCAGACGGGGGGACAGCAGAAGGCCUCCAGCUCGUUAAGGAAUUUAAGUAA